CGCCUCGUUCGUCAUCAUGAUCGAUGUCAACCCAAUAUUGACGCCAACUGUUUAUCUUCCAUGCCAGGACUCUCACAUUCUACUAGCAUCCUUGAUGGUAUUUAUCCACUCUCCAAAAAAUUGUGCUUUCCGGCUGCGAGCGAAAAUCGGAUCCGACAGCAUUUUGGGCUUCGUUAGCGGUGUUGUUUGCGGUACGGCGCCUCAUUAUAACCCACCAAUGCCACAGUAAAACCCACAAUGCCAGCACGCGUCGCCGCGGGGUCGUGCAAGAGCUUUACCUAUUUCCCUUUCCAAUUCGUCUACCUGUAUCUGACGGUCCUGCUGGUUGACAGCGAACCACACAACCCAGCACACACCGUUAUCCUGCGGUGUAAUCUUUUCCAAUAUUUGUCCCAAAAGCGUUGGAACAAUAUUCGAAGCAUUCGAAUUAUACUCUUAUCAACCUACAAAGAUCACACAGCCAAAACCAUAUAAAUUCACCCGCUUGCUUGCUUAGUGGCAGUUGUGAAAAGUUGUCGUCGCGUGCUUUUCGCUACACAAUCGGCCUGAAAAUGUUAAAACGGUGCGUUUUGUUUGUGCUGUUAGUUCAGCUGAUAGAUAAGUCCGUAGCCGUAGUACGGUUCGAGAAUCUCAAGUACGAGCUGAACAAGGACUACAUGCAUGGUAACAUAUUCAUCAAAAGCCAGAACGACAAGUACUCGUUCGGAGCAGACGUCGAACUGGCCAAGAAGGUUGAAGGCAGCGUAAUCAUUACGCCGCACGUGCAGCAUCUGGUGAAGGGCGAGUACCACACGAUGGUGAACAUCGAUCUUGACACCUGCAAAGUCGAUCCAGUGAUGUCGGAAAAUGCGAUCGUACGCACGAUCGCCAAAGAAUCGACCAAGUUUAUUAAUUUUUCGCUCAUGUGCCCGUACAACCCGGGACGCUAUUUGUUAAACGACUUUACGCUCGAUUCGGAAAGCCCGCUGCUGAAGCUGAUUCCGAACGGCAAGUACAAGAUGGAGCUGAAGGCUCACCACUAUCCAACGCCAGGCUCGGCCCCGGUAAUGUUGUUCAUGUACUCGGUGGAUUUCGAACUGUAUGCUGCCGCCAGUUAAGCGAGUUUGUACGUAGGGCCGUCUCUUAACGUUGUACCCAUCAUGCACUCUAGAAAAAUCCUUUUGUUUGCGAUGCAUGGGUGCAAUGUUUUGCUGCUUCUUUAAAAACAAGCCAAGUAGCUUCAUCACCGGAAUGAUGUCUAUGUUUUGUUUCUCCUUUGAAUGUUCUUUUCCAAUAAAGCCUUGCAAAAUGUGUAACAGAA